AUGGAGCAAAUCGGCUUCAUUAUCAUCGCCUUCUUCUGUCUCUUCGUCGUUGCGUGUCCUCUCAUCACCGCCAUUGCAGCCCGCCGAAGAAGGCCCCAGGCGGCUGUAGCUGAGCCAAGAGCCAAGAGCCUGAUCCGCGCGCGGAGAAAACUGAGCACGGUCACAGCCUGUUCGUUUUCGGUUGCUUCUGCUGCAGGCAGCAUCCAACGCAACGGCUCACAUGACGGCGAGAUGAAUGACGCCAGGCCAGGGCUUGUGGUAAGAAACAAGAGCUUGGCUGACCAACAUUGGCACAUUAGCCCCAUCUGUAUUGGACCUUUGGUGCCUGAGUCGCCUUCCCGUUUUACGCAGACUCGCCUCCUUGGAGAUGAGACUAUUGCGCACCAAGACGUGCCAAGUCGCCGGCAAUCAACCAACUUGACCGCUGAAGGCCGUCCGUCGGCCACAGAUGAGAUAUCCGAGAAUAAUUCUCAUUCGGGUUUCCCUUUUGGUUCUCAUUGGUUUUCUCAACUCCGGAGGAAGGGGUCCGCCGGCACAGAGGAAGAUUGUGAAGCCCUGACUGAGGUUGAUGAUGUGCUCACCAUCAACAGUUGUGGUCAUUCCUUCCACUCCAAAUGUCUUAUCUCUUGGUUCCUCAUGGAUAGAAAUGACUGCCCGAUUUGCAGACAGUUAUUCUACUCGCCGCCUUCAAUACCGUCCAGGGUUUUACUUCGAGUCUCCCCGCCGCGUCCUCAAUCAACAGGCAUGUGGGUCUAG